UUCUAGAAUACUUUUGCUCCUGGAUAGAUCUGAUCGUCGCAUUCCAAGGCCACGAAAUUCUCCGAGACACACUAUCUCUCAAUAGCCGCUAUCCACUCGAAGCUACUGCACCAUGCCGACGGCAACAACGGUCAAGCAGCCGUCCGCUGCGGUCUCUUCCACCCCCAAAGUCAAGAAGACAACAACGAAGACGGAAACAACGGAUGGGCCCAAGCCAGUCAAAGAAGUGAAGCAUCGCAGCUCUUCGACGAAGCCCAAGUCGACGCCCCUCGCCGAAACAACCGACAACGUGGUCAAGAAGAAGCCGAAACCAGCGCCCCUCGACGAGAAUAAGAUCGCGACGACCGACCAUGCUGUCAAGAAGAAGCCGACGACUUCCACCUCGACCCCAGAGAAGAAGAAGGCACGUGUGCACAGCAGCAGCACCUACCCCCGCGAGGUAGUAUCCUCGUCCAGCACCAAGAAACCCUCGACCAGCGGUCACACCCACGCACACACCUCGACGACCAAGACAUCGAGCCACAGACCGCAUACGCAUCUUGAGGAAAGCAGCAAGCACGAGAGCACCAGCUCGCACCGCCCCGGUCGCCGUCACCACGCCCAUCACCAUCACAACCCCGACGGCAGUUUGACUCGCCACGGCGCCCGCGCCACCAGCUCCUCGAUCGCCAAACCUCUUGCGCCCGCCAAGGCCUUCUCCCCCGCCCUCGACGCCGAAGGCAACCCCAAGCCCAACCUCCGCCCGGCGACCAUGACAGCGCACAUCAAGCGCGCCGUACGCAAGUCGGAGGCGAUGAACCCUUCGAAACCUACAAAGGUCGAGCCCGAAACUGCGCUCCCCAAGGUCCACGUCCCAACUCCACAGACGGCGCGCCAGAAGGCUACUGCCGCUGCUGAUGUUGAAGCGACUAAACGGGCUCAGAAGGUCGCUGCUGCGGCGCAGGAGGAGCAGGCUCAGUGGGACCAACAACAGCAACAACAACAGCAGGAAACCCAGAAGCCCAAGAAGAAGGAAAAGAAGUAUGCGCCUGAGGCGAUGAUUCCCACUUCGCGGUUUGUUGGAAAUGUCGGUAAGACGGCUGGGGCGGCGCUGGAUACUACGGGUCAGGUGGCUAAGGGGGUUACCGAUACUGUUGGACGCACGGCCGAGGGCGCGCUUGGUGGUGGUGGCGUCGGCAAGACGGUUGGAGCGGCGGCUGGUGGUGUUGGUGAUACCUUGGGUGCGGCGACGGGAGGGUUGGGAAAGACGGUGGAGGGGGCGACGGGUGGUUUGGCUAAAGGCGGCCCGUUGGGCGCCGUGGGAGGGCUGGGUGAAGGGUUGGGACAGACGGUGGGAGGUGUUGGGAAAGGAUUGGGCGAUACCGUUGGCGGAACAGUCGGCGGCCUCGGCGACACAGUUGGUGGACCACUUGGAGGAGUGGUCGGAGGACUUGGACGGGGUGUCGGUGGUGCCGUCACGGGUAUUACUGGUGGCCUAGGUGACGGAGUCGGCAAGAUUGGACAGGGCGACUUGCUUGGGGGGGUUGGUGAUGUAGUUGGUGGUGUGACCAAUGGUGUUGGAGGGUUGUUGGGCGGCGUUCUUGGCGGGUUGGGCGGCGGUGGUGGUGGUCAGCGUCGUUGAGGUUGGUACAUGGUUGUUGUUUUGAUGAUGAUGAGAUAAUCCUGACAUUGGGUCUAAGUUAGGUAAGUUCAGAACUUAUGAUGAGUUGGUGCGUGUGAAUUUGGAAGAGGAAGCAAUGUUGUACAUGUAUGAUGUUAAGAUGCUGUAUCAGCACAGCGGGUAACACGGAAUAACUCAUGCUUUCUGACGAUUUGGCAGAACAUGUUGUAGAAUGGAACUUGGAAGGUGGGAGAAAGUUGAGUGGUUCGAC